AAUCCGUUUUAUGGCCACCAUGAAAAUUCUUAAUUACCACUCAUCCAUCCCAUCUCAAAACAAAAUAUUAAGAAAGACUCAUUCUUUAAGAUAUGUUUUUUGGACUGCGUCUUCAACGUUCAAACUAGUUAACUAGGCAGUGGUUACACAGUCAUGGAGCUUGCCAUCUCCUCUUCCUGUGUCGCAGGUUCAGAUAUCAGAUGCCUAUUCUGUUCGAAGAAGGCCAAGAAUCUAUCGAGCUCUAGUAGAUUAAGAUACCCGCAUGGGAUUUCGGAUAAAUACUUAGAUUUCCUCACCCCGUCUCAUGCACCGAGUCCUAAAAUGGUGGCAUCGGCAACAAAGAUGGUUUCGAGUGUGUAUAGAGGCAGAGACAGCAAUAUCAGAUUCAAUAAUAACAAGAUUCUAAAGCUGGAUUCCUGUUUGGUGAUUCCGCCCGCACCUAAUUGCGGCAAGCCUCGCGCUAUUAUCAAAUUCUUGGGCGGUGCUUUCAUUGGCGCUGUUCCUGAAGUAACCUACGGUUAUUUAAUCGAGUAUCUGGCAAGGGAAGGUUUUCUUGUUAUUUUGGUGCCUUAUAAUGUGACAUUUGACCAUACACAAGCUGCCAAACAAGUACAUGAAAGAUUCCAGGCUUGCUUGUAUACUAUCCUGACUUCUGGUUUGCCUGAAGCUAAUUUGUCACCUGCCCAGCUCGGAGACCUUCCGCUUUUCUCUGUCGGCCACAGCAACGGUGCGCUUCUUCAGCUACUCAUUGGAAGCUAUUUUUCUGAGAAGAUACCCAAGGCCAAUGCCAUAAUCUCAUACAACAACAGGCCAGCUACAGAGGCAGUUCCUUACUUUGAGCAGUUGGGUCCUGUAGUCAGUCAGAUGAUGCCGGCGGUGGAAGCAACUCCUGUGUAUGCAAUGGCUAGAAACGCAACAGUUGUCACCCUCGACAUCUGUGCAGGAGAUGCAUGGAAGACAAUGAUAAAUGCUGUUGGAUCAAUUGUACAGGAAACAGAGCGGGAGGCUCUAACUUCUUUGACUAAAUUUGUUGAUCAGUUGCCCUCAGUAAUGAAUGAGGUAACUCAAGGGGUAUCAGAGUUUAAGCCAACUCCAUCUGAAAACCGUGAUUGCUUCAAGUGCUCAUACAAUGUUGAACACACACUACUGGUGAAAUUCAGUUCUGACACAAUUGAUGAGACAGAUAUACUUGAAGAAACAUUGAAGCCCCGUGUGGAUUCUUUGGGUGGUACACUAGAAAAAGUACAAUUAAGUGGUAAUCACAUCACACCCUGCAUACAGGAUCCAAAAUGGCAAGUGGGUGACUUGUAUACUCCAGCAGAUGCUAUUGCUCAAGGCCUCAAGUCUCUUUCUUUGAAUGAAACUAAAAUCCUUGCCAGAACUAUAAGUGACUGGUUCAGGCGUUUCGAGAGUUGAAGGGACAGGGAAGACACGAAUGCUUCAGCAACGGGAUGGCAUUCGCAGUAAACUAUUAGCCAGAUAUAAGAGGUUUCCGUGUUGUGUAUGCAAAUUGUAAGAUUAAAACGGGUGUCAAAUUUGCAGUCAUAAUCAUAUAUAUAAUCCUAUGCACUGGGUUGAUACAAGUCCAUGCCCAGAUUAUAUGUAGUCUCUAAUUUUGAAAAUAAAAUUACAAGUGAGCGUACUAAAUUUGAUUAGAAAGA